AUGAGUAACUUUGCUGUACACCUUGUGCAGUAUGUUGGGUUUUUUUUAGCACAAUUCACAAAUGCAUUGCUUUUAUGUAUAAUUGCAAACAAAGCAAAAAAAUUAUUUGGCGGAUAUCGUUACGUCAUGAUUGUUUUUGUCAUUUAUUCACUUAUAUAUUCAUGGAUAGAGAUUGCUGCAACACCUCUUAUGUAUGGACACCGGUCCAUGAUUAUUAUAAUGGUGGGCAGCAGUCUGAGAUAUGAGGAUUUGGCUGGGACAUUUAUCAUAUGUCUGUUCUGUGCGGCGUAUUCUUUGAUGACUGCACUAUUGGCAACACAGUUCUUCUAUAGAUACAUUGUAGUUUGCAGACCACAGUUCCUUCAUCACAUUAAAGGCUACAAACUUUGUUUCAUAUUCUUACCAGGUGUCGUCAUAUUCUUUUUAUGGUAUUUAAACGUUCAUUUUGGAAUGAAGAAAACUCUAGAAAAAGCAAAAUUUUCACAAGAAGUUAUUUUGAAAAAUUGCGAAGAAGAUACAUUCCAAAUCGUAUUCGUUGCAUUGCAAUAUUGGGAAGAUGAUCUCAAUGGUAAAUCACAUUUUCGAAUAAUUGAUUUUUUGAGUUAUUUGGGAUUUCUUUUAAUGAUUGCAUUAUGCUUUCUCACUAUUAUUUUUUGUGCUCUGAAAAUAUACUUCAAAUUAAAAGAAGAUAUACAUUCAAUGAGUGAAAGGACCAAAGAACUUAAUCGGCAGCUAAUGAUGACUUUGACAUUUCAAACCAUUUUUCCAUUCUUCACAAUGUACAGCACAGUUGGAGCAAUUCUAACUCUUCCCAUAUUUGAAAUAGAAUUGGGAAAACUUGCGAGUGUUACUGGAAUGCUAUCUGGCAUUUACCCAGCAAUUGAGCCUGUUUUUGCAAUAUUUUUUGUAAAGGAGUUCCGAAAUUUUGUGCUAUGUAAGAAACAUUUUGUUGCGAAUGUUAUCCCAUUACAACAUUUGCCUGUUCCUCGAAACUCUUUGAUGACGGCACAUGCUUCAUUGCAAAAUUUGUCAAUUCCUUGA